GGUCGUAUAUUCUAGAUUCUAGGCCUAGCUGGAUAUAGAUCUAGUCUAGACUACAUCUAGUCUAUUACUCUAACUCUAUACAGAUCUUCUCUCUAGAUUGACUAGAUAGAAUCUACUCUAAUGUCUAUAGACUGUCUAGAUUCUAGAUCUAGUCUCUGACACUGUGACUAGACCUAGCCUCCUACCUAGACGUCCUAGUAAAAAUAUAACUAAAAAACUAAAAGUAGAUCUAGAUCUAUUCUAGAGUCUAGAUCUCUAGUUCUACUCAGGUUCUAGUAACACAACAGUAACAGUUAAAAGCAUUAGAAUGGCCGGUAGAGGACGUGCACGAGGACGCUCAAGGGGUUUAGUAGACCAAGAAAUAACAUCGCCAGGAGGGCUUGCAUCUAGGCAUUCAGAUGGUGAUGCUGAGGAAGUUCCCAAUGGUCAGUUCCAUAGCGAGCCUUUAGAUGUUAAAAAUUCAACUCCAGAUCAACCUACACUUUCCCUGAAUGAUAUGAAGUCAAUCUUAGAAGAUUCCAGAACUUACAGCGAUCAGAAUGAUGUGAAGAGAGUUUUACUGUGUGCCAAAAAUUUUGUCAGAACAGAAGAAGAUGUAAGACUAUUGGCACUCAUCAUUUAUAACAAAUGUUUAGAAGAUUGCAGCCUAGCAAAACGUGGUUCAGAGAUGUGUGAUAUUAUGUCUUGUAUUGAAGUUGGCAAUAUCAAGUUCAGGAAUUGCUUAUUAAACCUGGUACAGGCUGAUUAUAAAGCCAGGAAAGAAAUAGCAGUUCAGAAUCCUCAGAGGUUCACAUGUUUUCUUGCAUUCCUUUGUAAUAUAUUUGGCAUCAUGAGGACAGCAACAGAUGAGGUGUUCAAGCCGUUGGUCAAUCCGAUCUUUGAUUGUUUCAAUCUCAUAUUGAACCCCAACUACGUCAGGGAGGAUGAGGAAAGUGUGGAGCCGAGGGUAGCAGACGUGGAGAAUGUCAAUGAAGACGCUUGUGAAGUUUUUUCUCAGGAAUUACAACCUAUUGGGAAAUUGCUUGAAGAGAAUGGAGAGGAACAGAUGCAGCAGCUAAUAGAUAAUAUUAGAACAUGUAUCAUUAAUAGCAAAAGUUUACCAAGAGUCCGUUGCUCCUUGCUAGAAGUGAUAGAAGCCUACGCUCGAGGCUGGGAGCCAGCCAAUAAUGAAACCACCAGAUUUUAUUGUGAUAUGUCAGUGGGACUAAUAUCUGGCCUUGUGUUGUGAACUUGGAUGUUUGUUCCUGGCAUCUACAAAGCCCAUGAUGUUGGUGUGGGAGUGAAAGCUGUUGGUGGGGGGGGACAUGGCCUUCCUUGUUUGAAGUUUGUAUGAACCCUAGCACGUGAUGAUUGUUUUUUUUAUAAUUUAAAUAGAUCUAUAUUUUUUUAAGAGUUGUCUAUGAUUUUUAAUCUCUACAAUUUUAAUUUUAUGUUUAUACACUUGCAUAGUUUAGAAGUUUGUCAUAUCUUUUCUUUACAAUUAUUGAAAGUCACUGAUCUUCAUUAGCAAAAAGCAGCAAAGAAUUUAUGUGUAGCUACUGUUUCACAUGAUUAAAUCUUCCUCAUCCAAGUGUUGCUUAUCAGAAAAAUGACCCAAUUAAUCUACUUGAUUCAUAAUAUCUUCAGUGAAGAAGAAUUUUUUUUUAUCUAGCUGUUAUUAUUAGGCUGGUAAUAACUUUUAAAAACUAAACAUAUUGUAUCAUACAAGUGCUGAAUGUAUUCUCCUUGCCAAAAGCUGUGAAUUAUUUGACUAAAAUAUGUUUAUGUUUUAGGUGUUCAGUUUUAUGAAUUUUUCUAUCUUGAGCAUUUUAUUCCCUAGCUAUUCAGAAAAAAAAAUGCAUUUAAUAUUAUUAUCUAAAUGCUAGUGGCUCAUAUGUUUUACAAUUCAACAUUGUGUCAGUCAUGCUGUGCAAUAUGAUUGCAGUGUGUCCUAGAAGGACAUUCUACUGUUUUCUGUCCUACAAGACAUCUGUCUCUCUUACUAGUAAAAUUAUCAAAAGUAUGUCCGAUCUCUAGGACUCUGUCAUUGUUUCCCUGGCACGCUGGAGGGGUGUGGGGGCUGAAUUGUAAAGCACUUGGCUUCUGAGACUAGGAUGUCCCAGGAUCAUAUUGCAUUGGAACUAGAAUUUUAAAUUUUAGGAUUCUAAGGACGCCCAUGAGUCAACCCAAACUCUAAUGGGUACAUGACAUUAAUUUGUGAAGUAAUGGCAGUUGAUUGUUGUACUGACCACAUGACGCCCCAUUAAAUGUCAGCCAUAGAAAGAGAUUUUUAUUUCAUGGGUUUUAAUUUUUCUUUCAUACUUGUAAUGUUUCAUUAGAACUGCACAGUUUAUGCUCAGCGUGUGAUUGUUGUUUUCUCUUGUUAAAAUCAUUUGCAUUUCAGUGGGCUAAGACAAUGUGUCAACUCAGUGUUAUUGUUGUCAAUGUACAGAACACAGUUAUUAAGAGAUUGAAAGAUUAAUUGUUAAAAAUUACCAGUCAAAUCUGCAAAACUAUUCAUCAGAUAUAUGAUUAUAAAAUACUCAUUGUGAUUUGUCGUUGCUAACUCCAGCUCUAUUUGAAAGAAAUAAAAGCACAUGAUCAUUAUCACACAAAACAUUGUUUAGUCUCUGUUGAAAAUUGUUUACAUUCUUUUGUUUUGUUAAAUGUAAUUGUUUUGUUUUUUUACAAUGGUCGGUAAAUUCAUCUGAAAUAUCAAACAAAAUUAAAUUUGUACUUGGCAUUUAAUAUUUUAAGUUUUAGGUUUCAUUUAAUUUCAACAUGCGUCAGAUCUUUAUCAAACAACCUUACAUGUGUACAUUUAUUUUAGUUUAUUGUCAGUGGCUGUCAUGGUUUACUUCAGGGGGUAGGUAGUUUCAAAGUCACUGAUUUCUCCAGUUUAACUUGUUUAUUUCACUGGAAAUACAUUUAUUGACUUAGUUUUAUCAGUGUAGAACCUACCAUAGGAAUUUCUGUUUUAUCCUGUAAGAAAAUGAAAUAUCAAUGGCAAAUUAUGAAAGAACACUGUAAAUUUAGACUUUCCAGUACAGUUGAAUCUGGUUAAUCAGAACACAUCAGGACGUUUUUCUAGUCUUCGGAUGCUGUCAUGUUGUUUCUCUGCAAUUCAAGCAUUUAGCUUGUUUUCAAUUGAUACAAAUUCUGCGUAAUUUAAUAAUUUUUUAACCUGUUGAAGUUCUAGUUUUGUGACUUAUUUAUCAAUCUUUUGCCAAAUUAAACACAAUUUUUGUCCAAAUAAGCAAAUAAUAUUACAAAAAUAUAACAGGAUUUGUUUAGGUAUUUUAUGAUUGGGUUUAAAUAAGCAACUUUUCUGAUCAACCCCCUGGUCGGAUUAACCAGAGUUGACUGCAGUAUACAGAAACAAUUUUUUCUAAAUAAUGUUUUACAGCAUACAAUCUAGCAUCUUAUGUGAACUGACUGCUGAUUGAAAAUGUUGCUAGUAUAAGAAUAUAUAUUUAUUUCUUAUAUUAACUUUGUUUAUGGCGUGGUAGGAAGUAAAAGAAAAACUGUUGAUGACUUAAAAGUAUCAAACAUAGAAAUGAGAUUUGAUGAAAGUCUACAAAUGAAAUGUCAGGUUAUAAGUAAAUAUGCGAUUGCUUCACACGCAUAAUUUAUUAGAAUGCAGGCUGUAAUUAAUUAGGGAAAUGUGUUCACUAUGUGAAGAUGCUCUUUUUGUCUUGUGUCUGUCACUGGGCUAUGUCAUGAACUUUUUUCCCAUCCUGGAACUCAUUCAUUUUUUGGUCUAUUUCCUUAAAUUAACUUGAGCAAAAAUCACUGAAUUAUGUAGCUUAGGCAUCAAUGUUUUUAAUAUUGUAAAAUGUUUAACAUUUUUUGGCUGUUCCUUCAGAGUUGAUGAUAAUCUACUUCCCAGUCCAAUCCUCUUGCAGAACAAAGACAGCGGGCAGGGCAGGGAUCAGGAACAUCGAGACGGUGGAAUGACAGUCCAGUGUACAUC